AUGGCUCUGCAAGACUUUUCAGACGCAUCCGCACUUUCGCUACAAGUGACAGGCCAUGAUGUGUGGCCGACCGCAGAGGCUAGCUCAUCCAAAUCUCACAAGCUUCCUAAUGGUAACAAUCCAAAACUCAGAUAUAUGAAGCCAUAUUGGUGGCCCUAUCAAACAUAUUGCAAACAGAGAUGGAUCGGCCGCCAGCUACUGGAGGUGGUCAGCACAGAAUUCCGAGAUCGGUCUGUUGAAUACUAUCGACAUGCUCUACAGUCCGGUGUGACUCGUGUCAAUGGUCAAACAGCCUAUCCAGAGCUGGUCCUUCGAAACGGUGACAGGAUCGACAAUACCACUCACCGUCAUGAACCGCCCAUCGCCAAUCAACCCAUUCUCAUUCUUUAUCAGGACAAGCAGAGAGGGUUUAUCGUCAUUUCUAAACCUGGCAGUAUGCCUGUGCACGCAGCGGGAAGAUACUUCCGGCAUACUGUGCUCGAGAUAUUGCAGAGUGAUUUUGGCAUCAAGGCUUAUUCCGUGAACAGAUUGGAUCGUCUGACAAGUGGCCUGAUGAUUCUGGCUCUGUCAGGCAAGACCGCUUCUAUUCUCUCCAAGGAGUUCGAAGAAGGCAGGGUUAAGAAAGAAUAUGUGGCUAGGGUCAAGGGAAGAUUUCCAGAAGAGGAGCUUACGGUGGACCAACCUUUGAUGACCGUUGACAGACAAAUGGGACUGGUCAUCGUUACUCCUGAUGGCAAAGAAGCCAAGACUAUCUUCACAAGGAUGAGCUAUGACUCAUCUCGAGAUCAAAGCGUGGUACAUUGCCGACCUAUAACCGGCAGAACACACCAGAUUCGCGUACAUCUGCAAUACCUCGGUCAUCCCAUCGUCAAUGAUCCUCUUUACUCCCUGCCCACCAUCUGGGGAUCGUCAUUAGGACGAGGAGGGGUAGAGCUUGUCCCGCAACCUGCAGAGUCUUCUCGUACCGCCGCUCUUGCUGCCAGAGUACAAGCGGCCACUACCUCGACCACUCCCCCGGCGCUGCCCGACGACAGUGGUAGAUUGGUCGACAGAGAGUACGAUGAUAUUGACGUCGUCAGUCCGAUCCGUCUCAGUAAGCAGGCAAGGGAUGUCAUUGCGAAAUUGAGAAGAAUGAAGGAUGAACAAGAAGAUUGGGUGAAAUGGAAAGAAGUAGUCUUUACCAUCAGAAAAGCUCAAGAUGCAAUGGAGACAACAAUCUCACCAAACGGACAUCCCAAACCUAUCCCCACCCGUUCAAGAGCCCCUCCACCCGAGGCCCUUCCUUCCGACACCCCUUCUCCACUCGGUCCUCCCGCGUAUCUCCCUCCUGGCUUUUGUCCAGAGUGUUACGUUCCUCUUCCAGACGAUCCUGAUCCUGAGACCCUUUUCAUCUACCUUCACGCAUUGAGAUACUCCACGGACUCGCUCGGAACAUGGGAGACACCUCUGCCUCGUUGGGCAGGGGAGGACUGGGAUGGGGAAUGGCGGGGAUGGGUUGAAGGGGCCGAUCUUCCCGAGGUUUGCGUGUUGCCCUUGGGGGCAGAUGCGACACCGGUCAAGAGUUAUGCAUGA